AUGGCGUCGGUUUCUAACAUCGGGGAAUUGAUCACCUGCAUCCAAUUAUCGAAAGACGAGUGUGAAGGGUUCCAUCCUGGGACCUACGAGUACCUACGGUUCCAUCCUGGGACCUACGAGUACCUACGGUUCCAUCCUGGGACCUACGAGUACCUACGGUUCCAUCCUGGGACCCACGAGUACCUACGGUUCCAUCCUGGGACCCACGAGUACCUUCGGUUCCAUCCUGGGCCCUACGAGUACCUACGGUUCCAUCCUGGGACCCACGAGUACCUACGGUUCCAUCCUGGGACCUACGAGUGCCUACGGUUCCAUCCUGGGACCCUCGAGUACCUACGGUUCCAUCCUGGGACCUACGAGUGCCUACGGUUCCAUCCUGGGACCCACGAGCACCUACGGUUCCAUCCUGGGACCCACGAGCACCUACGGUUCCAUCCUGGGACCCACGAGUACCUACGGUUCCAUCCUGGGACCCACGAGCACCUACGGUUCCAUCCUGGGACCCACGAGUACCUACGGUUCCAUCCUGGGACCCACGAGCACCUACGGUUCCAUCCUGGGACCCACGAGCACCUACGGUUCCAUCCUGGGACCCACGAGCACCUGCGGUUCCAUCCUGGGACCCACGAGUACCUACGGUUCCAUCCUGGGACCUACGAGUACCUACGGUUCCAUCCUGGGACCUACGAGUACCUACGGUUCCAUCCUGGGACCCACGAGUACCUACGGUUCCAUCCUGGGACCCACGAGUACCUACGGUUCCAUCCUGGGACCUACGAGUACCUACGGUUCCAUCCUGGGACCCACGAGUACCUACGGUUCCAUCCUGGGACCUACGAGUACCUACGGUUCCAUCCUGGGACCUACGAGUACCUACGGUUCCAUCCUGGGACCCACGAGUACCUACGGUUCCAUCCUGGGACCUACGAGUACCUACGGUUCCAUCCUGGGACCCACGAGUACCUACGGUUCCAUUCUGGGACCUACGAGUACCGUACCUAUGGUUCCAUCCUGGGACCCUCGAGUACCUACGGUUCCAUCCUGGGACCUACGAGUACCUACGGUUCCAUCCUGGGACCUACGAGUACCUACGGUUCCAUCCUGGGACCUACGAGUACCUACGGUUCCAUCCUGGGACCUACGAGUACCUCCGGUUCCAUUCUGGGACCUACGAGUACCUAUGGUUCCAUCCUGGGACCCUCGAGUACCUACGGUUCCAUCCUGGGACCUACGAGUGCCUACGGUUCCAUCCUGGGACCUACGAGUGCCUACGGUUCCAUCCUGGGACCUACGAGUGCCUACGGUUCCAUCCUGGGACCUACGAGUACCUACGGUUCCAUCCUGGGACCUACGAGUGCCUACGGUUCCAUCCUGGGACCUACGAGUACCUACGGUUCCAUCCUGGUACCUACGAGUACCUCCGGUUCCAUUCUGGGACCUACGAGUACCUACGGUUCCAUCCUGGGACCUACGAGUACCUAUGGUUCCAUCCUGGGACCUACGAGUACCUCCGGUUCCAUCCUGGGACCCACGAGUACCUACGGUUCCAUCCUGGGACCCACGAGUGCCUACGGUUCCAUCCUGGGACGCACGAGCACCUACGGUUCCAUCCUGGGACCCAUGAGCACCUACGGCUCCAUCCUGGGACCCACGAGCACCUACGGUUCCAUCCUGGGACCCACGAGCACCUGCGGUUCCAUCCUGGGACCCAUGAGCACCUACGGUUCCAUCCUGGGACCCAUGAGCACCUACGGUUCCAUCCUGGGACCCAUGAGCACCUACGGUUCCAUCCUGGGACCCACGAGCACCUACGGUUCCAUCCUGGGACCCACGAGCACCUACGGUUCCAUCCUGGGACCCACGAGCACCUACGGUUCCAUCCUGAGACCCACGAGCACCUGCGGUUCCAUCCUGGGACCCAUGAGCACCUACGGUUCCAUCCUGGGACCCACGAGCACCUACGGUUCCAUCCUGGGACCCACGAGCACCUGCGGUUCCAUCCUGGGACCCAUGAGCACCUACGGUUCCAUCCUGGGACCCAUGAGCACCUACGGUUCCAUCCUGGGACCCAUGAGCACCUACGGUUCCAUCCUGGGACCCAUGAGCACCUACGGUUCCAUCCUGGGACCCACGAGCACCUACGGUUCCAUCCUGGGACCCACGAGCACCUACGGUUCCAUCCUGGGACCCACGAGUACCUACGGUUCCAUCCUGGGACCCUCGAGUACCUACGGUUCCAUCCUGGGACCCACGAGCACCUACGGUUCCAUCCUGGGACCCACGAGCACCUACGGUUCCAUCCUGGGACCUACGAGUACCUACGGUUCCAUCCUGGGACCCACGAGUGCCUGCGGUUCCAUCCUGGGGCCCACGAGUACCUACGGUUCCAUCCUGGGACCCACGAGUACCUACGGUUCCAUCCUGGGACCCACGAGUACCUACGGUUCCAUCCUGGGACCCACGAGUACCUACGGUUCCAUCCUGGGACCCACGAGUACCUACGGUUCCAUCCUGGGACCCACGAGUACCUGCGGUUCCAUCCUGGGACCCACGAGUACCUACAGUUCCAUCCUGGGCCCCACGAGUACCUGCGGUUCCAUCCUGGGCCCCACGAGUGCCUGCGGUUCCAUCCUGGGACCUACGAGCACCUACGGUUCCAUCCUGGGACCCAUGAGCACCUACGGUUCCAUCCUGGGCCCCACGAGUGCCUGCGGUUCCAUCCUGGGACCCAUGAGCACCUACGGUUCCAUCCUGGGACCCACGAGUACCUACGGUUCCAUCCUGGGACCCACGAGCACCUACGGUUCCAUCCUGGGACCUACGAGUACCUACGGUUCCAUCCUGGGACCUACGAGUACCUACGGUUCCAUCCUGGGACCUACGAGUACCUACGGUUCCAUCCUGGGACCUACGAGUACCUACGGUUCCAUCCUGGGACCUACGAGUACCUGCGGUUCCAUCCUGGGACCCACGAGUACCUGCGGUUCCAUCCUGGGACCCACGAGCACCUACGGUUCCAUCCUGGGCCCUGGAUGGAACACUAGAGACUGGCAACAGAUAUACCGUGUGUACAUCCAGAAGGCGUGUCGCCUGGGAGAUGGGCGUGUGGGCGAGGAGAUUGGUGGAUCACUUACUGGAGGUGGAUCACUUACUGGAGGUGGAUCACUUACUGGAGGUGGAUCACUUACUGGAGGUGGAUCACUUACUGGAGGUGGAUCACUUACUGGAGGUGGAUCACUUACUGGAGGUGGAUCACUUACUGGAGGUGGAUCACUUACUGGAGGUGGAUCACUUACUGGAGGUGGAUCACUUACUGGAGGUGGAUCACUUACUGGAGGUGGAUCACUUACUGGGAGGUGA